GUUGCCGAUGGGAAGCCGAUAGGCCGAGCUGAGCUCCUCCUUUCUCAGUGCCGGUGCAUGGCGGUUGGCUUCAGGCACAGCCAACCGAAACCCCUCUUCCCUCUCAGUAUCUCCAGAGAAGGAACGGACGUGCCAUGGCGUGCUACCACAGACCCGAUGCCUGCACCCUGCAGGCCCUGAAGGACAUGGCCAACACGCUGAGGAUUCACUCCAUCACCUCCACCACCGAGGCUGGGUCGGGACACCCUACAUCAUGCUGCAGUGCAGCCGAAAUCAUGUCUGUCCUGUUUUUCCACACCAUGAAAUUCAAAGUACAAGAUCCGAGGAAUCCCAACAAUGAUCGCUUUAUACUCUCAAAGGGCCAUGCAGCUCCAAUACUGUAUGCUGUCUGGGCAGAACUUGGCUACCUGAAACUGGAUCAGUUAGCAACACUGAGGAAAAUGGGUUCCAUUCUUGAAGGGCACCCUGUUCCAAAACAAGCUUUUGUUGACGUUGCUACUGGAUCCUUAGGACAAGGUCUGGGAGCUGCUGCAGGAAUGGCUUAUACUGGGAAAUAUUUUGAUAAAGCCAGUUACCGUGUAUACUGCUUACUGGGAGAUGGAGAAUCGUCUGAAGGUUCAGUCUGGGAGGCCAUGGCAUUUGCUUCUUACUACAAACUUGACAAUUUAAUGGCUAUUUUGGAUGUGAACCGCUUGGGUCAAAGUGAACCUACUCCAUUGCAGCACAAAGUUGAAAUCUAUCGCAAACGUUGUGAAUCUUUUGGGUGGCAUGCUGAAGUGGUGGAUGGACACAGUAUAGAUGAACUCUGCAAAGCUUUUUGGCAGGCUGGCAUGGUCAACGAUAAACCAACUGUUAUUAUUGCUAAGACUCUUAAAGGAAAAGGCAUCGAAGGUGUUGAGGAUCACGAAAAUUGGCAUGGUAAACCCAUUCCAAAAGAUAAAGUGGAAGGAAUCAUUAACUCCAUCAGAUCUGGAAUCACGAACAGCAAGAAGCUUACCCCAGGGCAGCCAGUGAAUGAUGCACCAACUGUAUCUAUUGAAAAUAUUAAACUGAGCUCACCACCAAAGUACAAACAUCAGGAGAAGGUAGCUACACGGAAAGCAUAUGGAACUGCACUGUCAAAGUUGGGUCAUGGCAAUAAGCAUGUGAUUGCUUUAGAUGGUGAUACGAAGAAUUCCACCUUUUCAGAGCUGUUCAAGAAAGAACAUCCUACACGUUUUGUUGAAUGUUUCAUUGCAGAGCAGAACAUGGUGAGUGUUGGUGUAGGCUGUUGUGCACGGGACAGGACCGUUGUCUUUGCCAGCACUUUUGCGACUUUCUUUUGUCGAGCGCUUGAUCAGAUUCGUAUGGCAGCAAUUUCUGAAAGUAAUAUUAAUCUUGUUGGAUCCCACUGUGGUAUUUCAAUUGGUGAGGAUGGGCCUUCACAAAUGGGACUGGAAGAUUUGGCUUUGUUUCGUGCCAUUCCCUCCUCAACAGUCUUCUAUCCAAGUGAUGCUGUCUCAACUGAACGGGCAGUGGAACUAGCUGCUAACACCAAGGGUAUCUGCUUCAUUCGAACCAGUCGUCCAGAGACUACAAUAAUUUAUAAAAAUACUGAAAUAUUUGAGGUUGGAAAAGCUAAGGUACUGCGGAAGACUGAUAAGGAUGCGCUCACCAUUGUUGCUGCUGGGGUGACAAUGCGUGAGGCAUUAGCUGCAGCCACUCAACUGGCCGAAGAAGAUGUGUUCAUUCGAGUGAUUGAUCCAUUUACUAUCAAACCGCUUGAUGAUAAAACAAUCGUUGCUUGUACCAAAGGCACCAAAACUAAGCAGAUUAUCACUGUGGAGGACCACUAUUAUGAAGGUGGUCUUGGUGAAGCCGUGGCAGCUGCUGUUGCUUUGGAUCCUAAUAUUAAAGUGCACCGCAUGGCAGUGUCUGGUGUACCAUUUAGUGCAACAUCAGCUGAGCUGUUGGAAAAGUUUGAGAUUGAUGCAAAUGCAAUAAUGAAAACCGUGAAAUGCAUCAUUGAGAAUCAGCAAUAGUGCCCACGUUGUGAGUGUGGGAUGAAUUUUAAUACUUUUAAGCGGUUUUUUUUAUUAGAAGGUGCUUUAUGUAUUUCUUGGGUUUACAUAAUUUUAAUCUUUAAAAUGAGCUAUGAAAGUUAAAUUGAAAAAUGUUGAAGUAGUUCUUUAGUGAUAUUUGAUGUUUCCAAUUGUUUUCCAGCCACUGGAAAUGUUUCUGUUCCAGUGCUGAGCUAAUAGUCACAAAACAUGUUUAUUUAAUGGUGUGCUGACAUUUACAGCCCCAUGUGGAAAACCACCCAUUUUGUUUCCCCAUCUUAUGGGCAUCUGUGGCUAGAAUAUAUACAGCUCUUAAUCAAUGCCAGAGACUCCCAACAUCUACCCAAACUAGAUUUAGAUUGAAUCAGCUAACUACAAUCUCAGCAUACUAUUUAAGUGUACUGGUUUCAAUAGUUCAUUCUCUGUCACUAAAACGUUAUACUUUCCCUUUAUAUCCUUGUCCACUUCUGGCUUUCUGUCAUUGUAAAGUCACAACAUCUUGGUCAUUUUCAGACCCUUUAAACCUGUGUUCUCAUGCUAUCCUUCCUAAUGCACUGCAUUAUCUACUAUUUACCCCAAACAGUGCUCAUUAUCCUAUCAGAUAAAUGUCUUAAUCACUCAUUAAGCUAUCCUUGUCGACUCAUCUUGACUUCCUUGUAUUUAAAUCAUUUUGGAGCUUUGCACCUCAACAUGGCCAUCUAGCUCUAGUCUACAUCAAUCCCCCAGCUCCUUUUAUAUCCUUCCUUAAUCUGACCUCUAGUGUAUUCCUUUUCAAUUUACCUUUGGUAACUUGCCCUUCACCUUACAUGGCUCAAUGCUGUAGAAUAUCCUGAAACCAUCCCUUUUCAGCAUCUAAAAUAGGGUAUUAACAUAAAUAGCUGUUGUUCCCCUAUUAGUUGCUGCUAAUGAUUACUGGGACCUGAUAACUUCAUUGAAGUUCAAUUAGAACCCUUUCUUCAUACUAUAUAUUUUCUCCCCUCACCAGUGCUCAAACAGUGACAGUGUACAGUUAAUAGCUAAGUUUGAUAAUCUUGCAAAAUUCUUGCAGUGAUAAAAUAAACCAAAGUAGCAUUGAAAAUUGGACUGCUACUGUGACAAACAAGUUGGUUUUGUGCCAGUCGGGUGCAUAUAUAAUGCUGCUUUAGAUUUUUCUGCUGGGAUGUUUUUUUAAAAACUGUUGAAAGAAUUUUUAAAACUUUUUAAUGUUUAAAAGAUUUUUGAAUAUAUAAUUUUCAACUUAAGUUCAGAAUUAAAGUUACCUUUAGGAAAUACUCUGACACAGCAAGAUAAUAACAUUUUUAUAAAUAGUAAAAAUUCUGAAGUUUUCUUGUGGCUGUUGUCAAUGAAUUCUGUUUCCAGAUGUUGGUUUAAAUCAAACUAUGCUAUCAGAUGGAAGAUAUUGUUGGAGUGAUUUGGAAGUAGGAAGCUGGCUACUGUACUUCUGCAAAUUGGUUUAGAAAAAUCUUCAGAAUUAGAACAAAAAACAUGUUUGCGUUAAAAUAAAUUUCUACGCUUCUGAUGAGUUUGGUUUGUUUAUAU